CUCCUUCCGGAGGCUGGGAGGCCGACUCCCUCCGCUGGCCGAGCUUCCCGGGCCCCUGGCGUACCCCCUUGGCCCGGCGGCGGACCCAGGGUGCUGCCGUCGCGCCCGGGACUCCCCGCGGGCGUGAGAAAGGGAAGGACGCGAGGCCGCGCCCCGGGCCUGAGAGCCCGGGCUGAGGGCGGGAGGGAAGCGGGGGCCCGGGGGGUGCGCGCGGCCACCCGCGCAGCUGCUUCCCGGGCUCAGGCUGCGUUCGCAGCGGGCCUGCCAGAAAGGCCGCGCGAGGCCGACCCGCCCGUGAUGCCGGCCCUCCCUCCGGCCCCUCCGAGGAGCCCGGGCCCCCGCGCCCGCCAACUGCGCUCUCGGCCUCACGCUCCCAGGGAACUGACCGGACGGGCCUCGCCACCGCAUACUUUUCCUUUAGAGAAGGCGCCACUCCACAUCCCGGAAUUAGGAGAAACAAAGUCGGUGUUCACCCGGAUAAUUACGAGAAAGUCCGGGUUUUAAGAAAUGAGUGAGAAAAUGGUGACGUAAAAACAGGAGGAACUCGCACUGAAGAUGCUGGAGGUUCUUUUCAGACGCUUCCCCUUAAGUACUGUGUGGACGGCAAGGGGGUUGGCUCAGCCCUGAAGCGGAGCGUGCACGAGAGCUCGUAAAGGCCGCGUAAAGUAGCGGCAGCCGGUGAAGAGGGGCUGGGAGGCGUCCGUGUCAGAGCACACAGCCCGACGCUUAAAGCCUCCGGCCGUUGGAGCAGGGCAACCGGACGGAUUUCCACUCGGAACGUGGUUUCCGCGAGCGCCGGUCUCCCGCCGGAGCCGGCCCGGCGGCCGCCUCCCCUCCUGCGCAGGCGCAGUGCCUCCUCAGGGCAUGGAGGUGGUGGGUCUGCUGCUGUGUGUGGCGGCGGCGGUCCUGACAUGGGGCUUCCUCUGGGUUUGGGACUCCUGGGAGCGAAUGAAGAGUCCGGAGCAAGCUGGCCUGCCGGGAGGCGGAAGCCGGACUCUGUUGGUGACCGCGCACCCCGACGAUGAAGCCAUGUUCUUUGCUCCCACCGUUCUAGGCUUGGUCCGCAUGCGGCACCAGGUGUCCCUGCUCUGCUUCUCCGCAGGAAAUUACUACAAUCAAGGGGAGACUCGUAAGAAGGAACUUUUGCAGAGCUGUGAUGUUUUGGGGAUUCCACCCUCCAACGUAAUGAUUAUUGACAACAGGGAUUUCCCAGAUGACCCCGGCGUGUGGUGGGACACCGAACGGGUGGCCGACGUCCUCCUCCGGCACGUAGAGGCCAGCCGCGUCAGCCUGGUGGUGACCUUUGACGCGGGGGGUGUGAGCGGCCACAGCAACCACGUGGCUCUGUAUGCGGCUGCCAGGACCCUGCACGCACAAGGGAAGUUACCUAAAGGGUGCUCGGUGCUCACGCUUCAGUCUGUGAACCUGCUGCGCAAGUACCUGUCGCUGCUGGACCUGCCCUGCUCCCUGCUGUGUGCCCGCGAUGCCCUCUUCGUGCUCAGUCGCCGAGAGGCGGCCCAGGCCCAGGUCACACACCCCUUACGGUUGAACAUCUCGAUUUACCGGUUUUUCCCUGCUACACGUGGACCGGUGCUCCCAGCUUGAGCCAAGAGGAACUCAGACCUGCCAGGAGCCUCUGUAAAGAGCCACUGGGGCUGACCACGGGUUGCCGGCUGAGGAGUCAGGCCCAGCGAGGCCCUCCUGGUGAAGACUCUUGGUGGUCGGUGGGGCAGGUGGUCUGAGAGGCUGCUGAGGAGUUCUAGCCUUGACCCUUUCCAUUUCUGCUAUCCAGGUGGAAAGGUUCAAAGGCUAGAACCCAUGUUGAGCCGUUAAAUGACAUAGGUGUGUAAACGGCUAUCAUUUUCUGGGAAGCAACAGUAGUAAAUAUCAGAAGUCUUCUCAGAAGUUGUACUUCCCUUCUGAAGUUCUUAAUACGUUAAGUAGACACAAGCGGGUUGCAGAGCAAUAUAUCAAUAAAUCUAUACUUUCUCUGACCCACUAAUUUUGAUUUCCAGAAUUUUAUCCUAAAGAAGUAAAGUUGUGUCCAGAGACUGAUGUAUAAGAAUGUUCACUAGUAUAAUUUACGAGGCCCAAAAAAGGAGCUAAGAUUAUUUAGCAGGUGAAUGAUGUGGUACUAUAUAAUCAGAAAAAUCAUAGUUUUGAAACACACGUAGUGAAAAUGUUCCAAAAGUAGGGAGGAAAUAGAAACAAUUUUGAUAUUUUGCAGUAUUCCUUUGAAAUUUCUGAACGAAAAGUAAUAGGAAGAAAAGCUUGUAAAAAGCCAAACUGGCCGUAAAUAUAUAAUUACUGUAAGCGCCCAUCUUAUUGAGUGGGUGCUGCAGCCACUGAAAGACGAGGGAAUCUACAAAAUUGGCCACCUGGGCAGCAGGAUGUGGGAAGCCCCUGUGACUCGGAAUCUCUCACAAGUAGACAAGUGUGUUUGGACCACAGAGUUCCUAUCUUCCCUCAACGUUUUUCUAAAAUGAGCCUUUUAUUCUCACUAUGGUCUUCAAAACUGAAACAUUAUUCUGUGAGUUCACACAUCCACU